AUGCAAGCAAUUACAAACGCUACGAAUCUCUCGAAUUGGACACUCAGCUUUGUUCUUGGAGCAGCAGCAGCUCUAAAGUGUGGUGCACGUGAAGGCGUUCCUGGUGAACUUCCAAUCAGCGACAUUUUACUUGGGGUGACCAGUCAGGUCAAGAAUGGCGUUUCCGGUGACAAUGUGUUUAUUGGCCUUGAUACCCAGUGGGCACGGAUGAUGUUGAAGUCGUUUGAGACGCGAAAGAUGAAGUUCAGCUACUUGUUGAUUAACGACAAAGCGAAACCAUGCCCUGAGUGCAAAGAACGUUGUCCGAUGGUGGUUGAUCCAAUGACAGUGGCUGCUGCUCAUAGCAAAGAAAAGGAAAAGGAUACCAAGAAUGUCGCUUCAGCUCUAGCAUCUGCACAACCCAUAUUAUUGGAGGCUGUUCAAUUCCUUGAUGAGAUUCCAACGGGCAUUGAUCCACCGCAAAUACGACCCAACAUGUUUUAUUCUUUGGUGACCGACUAUGUGGAUUAUUCAGAAGAACGUGGCACCCUCUACAAAGUGGUGCAUAAACCCAAAUGCAUUCCAAGCUUGACCAUUGACAAACGUGCCACCGAAUUUUUAUCCGACAAAUUAUCCAAACGACUUUCAUCGAUGAGCAACAACGCUGCUGUGGAAUGGUGCAAAUCAAUUAUCGAUGACAUGUGCAAGCAAGUGAAUAGUUGCAGAGAGGCCAACGAGUGGGAUCAGCGUAUCAUUGGAAGAAUACAGGAUUUGAUGCAUUAUCCCGAUCCAAAGCAACAAGGCGACGUGUAUGUUAAUGAAGUCAUGGAUCGAAUUCAUUCUCGUUUGCCUGCCAUGUUGGAGCGUUUGCGUUUGGACACAUUUACAGCACACCAGGGUGAUGAUAUCAAAGAGGAGUACACUAUUGCCGACAUCCCUACUUGCUUCAUUGUUUACUUUGGAAUCAAGCGCGCCAUUGCCAUGAGUCAACGUAUUUACAACGACAAUGCACUCGUUUUUAUGGGAUACAAUAUCAACUUGGCCCAUGAGAUCAUUCGUGAUUUGACCGAAAUCCAAUCCCAAAAUAUAGGCGGUUAUUCAAGUCGCCUUGUCGUUGAAAGUACAGCAUCGGGGCGUGUUGUGGAUCGGAUCAAUGAACCCAAUCACGUGUUUCGACUUGCCGUUGUACUCGAUACCGCAUUAUCCAUUGGUAUCCUCACGUUGAGUCAUAUUGGACCCGUACUAAGCAUGUACACGGCGCGUCUAAUGACAGCUCCUUACCGCGAAAGUUGUAUGCGUAUGGGAACGAGUAUGCGAUGGUCGGUGUUACAGGUGUCGUUGAUGCAUUCAGGAACAGCACGUGACGAUUGGAUGGUGUGCAUCAAACCUGAUCCACGACAGACCUAUAGCCUUUUCUUGUUUAUCCUUUGGUCCCUUAUUGCAUCCAUCGGUCCAGUCAUCUUUUGGCCAUUGAUAAGCCAUACAUCCAUCGAACCCAUUGAACAAUUUGGUCGUUUGGUUGCUAUCCUUAGCUGUGUAAUUGGUGUCCCUUGGGUCGUCCUUGCCAUGUCAGUCAAACUACAACGCAAUAGAAGCAAAUCCGACAUUGAAGCUUGGUUACGCAUUGGUUUUCAUCCACAUACAAUCAUCAAUGUUGGCCUUGUCAUUGUACUCAUUAUUCUCGUGGAGAUGGAAAUCACCAUCGAUUGGAUUUACCUUUAUUUAUUGGAAGGCAUCUACUUUAUCCAGUGGCUGAUAGGAGAAUACACAGGGAAAUGGGUCUAUCAAAGUACAGCAUGGUUCAUGCUUGGUGCUCUUGGAGCUUUCCGUCUCAGCAAUGUCCCUGACGACAAUUAG